GAUGCGCCUUAAAUUAACAUUUUGAAGAUUUAAAAGGUUUAAAACUGCUAAAUUGUUUAAACAAUCUUCAGUUGUAGAUCAGAGCUUGUUCAUGACACAAACGAUAAAUACAUAAAUUACAUUUUUUGUAUUAAGAAACAUAAAACAUAAAUUUAAAAAAAAAAUUAGUAAGAACAGUGAACGUAAUAAUAAACGUUAUAAGUUUUCUGCGUAAUACACGUUCUCUCUUGUUACAAUUAAUCGAUUACCGUAAAUAAAUCCUUCACUAAACGUACCCCAGGAAAAACGUCAAAACGUCGCUGUGCAGUGUGUUAGCUUCCAAAGAAAAAAAUAAAAAUAUUUCGUUCACGGAAUUAAAUUUACAAAAAGUUCAAAAUACUGUAUAAAAAAAUGCCUGAAUCGGAUGUAACCAAAAUGAAGGUGGCUGACUUGAAGCGUGAGCUAAAAUUGCGUGGUCUCCCUACUACGGGCAAUAAAACGGAGCUUCAAGACCGCCUACAAACAGCACUGCUUGAUGGGGAUAUUUCCUUGGAAGAUUCGGCUAUUACAAAUGAAGAUGCACUCUUAGACGAAGACGCUGUACUUACCGACGAAGAAGAAUCUCCUAUUGCUGCAGAUGAGAAUGAACUUUUAAAAAGCCCAACCAGUACGCCUACGGCUCCCGAAUCAGCUUCACCAUUGAAUGAUAAUAAAACGAUUGCUUCAGACGCUUCAAAAAUAGCAGCUAACCCUAAAAAAAUUAUAUUGAAGCGUAAAACAUCGAUAUCAAUUGAUGGCGAAAAUAAGACUUCCCCAGAAGAUGUUGCAUCAGCUACAACAAAAGAGAAUACCGAGCCGCCCAAAGAAAAAAUACUAAAAAUGAGCGAGCGAAAUCCGAUUACCGUAAGUGAUAUCACUAUUAAGGAGGUAUCAAACACAAAAGCAAAAAACACAGGCGCCGGUGACGCUGCCAGCGGUAAAAAAGUGGUUACCUUAACUCAAAUGGAACGGUUAGAGCUUCGUGCGAAGAAAUUUGGAAUUGACUCAAAUUCAACCAAAAAAACAACUACUCCGACCACCAAACCGGCGAGUAAUAAAAAACUCAUAAUAGAGCCCAUUGUAAAUGACGCCAAACAAAUUGAGAUGCUUAAAAAACGCGCAGAGCGCUUCGGUUGUGUUGUGUCUUCAAAAAUGGCCAAAAUCGAUGCUGCAGAAAAGUUACUGAAACGAAAAGAACGGUUUGGUGCGGGAAAAGCAGCUGCCAUAACCGCUAGUGCAACGGCUGGAACGGCAAACACAAAUGAUGUGUGGGCAGAAAAGGCACGUGCUCGAUUGGAGCGCUUUAAAAGUACACAAACGUCAUUAGCAGCCGAGAAAAAGGUAAUUACUUCAGCGAGCAGCGGCACAGAAAAUAACGAGUCAAGCAAAGAGUCUGCGCCAGUGGUCACAACAGCAGCCCCUCAAGCUACUGUUGCUGGCAAGUAAGCCCGGCCAUAAUAUAAAGUAAUUAUUUGUACCAUCACCCAAAAAAGAAGCAUAUACAAAAAUAUAUUUGUACUACUCCCACGAAGGGUAUUCUAGUUAAAUUUUUACCCCUAACAUUCAAUAACUAUCAGCGUAUUUAAGCAUAAACACUUACUCAAUUGAAUAUGCGAAUUUGUUUCAAAUAAAAUGUAUCGUUUUAAGAGUA